AAACAACGGGAUAUGACAACCGAUAUCGCUCCAGAAAGAGACCUGCAAGGUCGCUUUUGCUCACUCCGGCGAAUCGGCGAAGGAACGUACGGAGUCGUGUUCAAGGCGAUCCACGUGCGUGACAACGUGAAAUGCGCUCUCAAAAUGAUUCGCACCGAUCGCGACGAGGAAGGCAUUCCGAGCACGUGCCUUCGUGAAAUUUCGUGUAUAAAAGACCUUCAGCACGAUAAUAUUGUGACACUUUUCGAUAUUAUCUACGCAAACAGCAAACUCUACAUGGUAUUCGAAUUUAUCGAUCGAGAUCUGAAGAAUCUUCUGGAAAUGCUUGAGCCAACGAAUAGUGUGCUUCCGCCAAACUAUGUGAAGUCAUUCAUGUGGCAACUUCUAUCAGCUCUAUCGUAUUGUCAUCUCCGACGGAUUGUUCACCGUGAUCUGAAGCCUCAGAAUAUUCUGGUUUCAGAUUCUGGAGUCAUCAAAAUUGCGGAUUUCGGAUUGGCAAGAAAUUUCUCGUUCCCCAGUCGAAACUAUACUCACGAGGUGGUAACUCUUUGGUAUCGUCCGCCAGAGAUUCUGCUCGGCUCGCAACGUUAUUCAACAUCACUGGAUAUGUGGUCGCUGGGAUGUAUAUUCUCCGAAAUUGCAUCGAAUAAGCCUCUGUUUCCAGGCGAAUGCGAGAUUUCACAGCUAUUCAAGAUAUUUGAAAUUGUUGGAACACCAAAUAUUAAGAGCUGGCCAGGCGUCGACUCGUUUCCCCACUACAAGGCAGUCUUUCCACAGUGGCCGGUGAAUUUGAAGAAGCUCGAAGAAACAUCAUGCCUGACUGGAAAUGGUCUUGACGUGCUUCGUGAGAUACUUCGUUAUCCACCGGAGCGACGUCUCACCGCGAAAGGUGCUCUCUCUCAUCGCUACUUUCUACAGAACGGUUUCACCCAAAACCGGCCGAGUGUCACUGAUUUGAUGAAGGAUAUCCGAGCGCAGAACAGGACGCCACCGCUGCUGAACAAUCAUCAGGAGAAGUCAAUCUUCUAAUAUAUCAUGUCCUCCAUAACCUAAACAUCGUGUACUAUGUCCUCUCUUUUUACCGAGUCUUUCCUCUUCAAGGGUGUCAUCGAACGAAAUUAUCGAUUUUUUUGGGUUUUUUCAGAGAAAUUCAAAAAAAUCGAAAAAAAAAGCGCAAUUUUUUAAAUCAAAUUUUGUUCAUGUUGAUAAGAAAAACACAUGAGAAAACAUAUAUUGUUCUACUAAAAAAGAAAAAAAUUGCAAAAAAUUGAGCUAUUUUUGAAAAAUCGGAAAAAAUUGUUUUAUUCAAAAAAUUCAAUUUUUCUAGGUUUUUAUCAUUUUCGUGAGAAAAAAAACAUAUUUUUCUACUAAAAAAAUUAUUAAUUUUUUUCGUUUAUUUUAGUGAGAAAAAACGUAAGAAAACAUAAUUUUCUUCUGAAAAAAAUUACAAAAAUUGUAAUAUAUUUUUCGACAAAUCGGAAAUUUUUUUUUCCAAAAAUCAAUUUUUUUCAAAAAAUCGGGAAAAAAAGUUUUAUCUAAAAAAUUAAAUUUUUUCCCAAAUUUUGUUGAGAGAAAACAGAUUUUUCAACUAAAAAAUGGUCAAAAUGUUCAGAAUUAAAAAAAAAAUUUUUUCAGAAAUUUGAUUAUUUUAGGAAAAAUUAAAGUUGAAAAAAAUUAUCAAAUUUCGAUUUUAGAGAAAAUCGAGAAUUUUCGCUUUUCUGAUUUUUUUUUGAGAAAAAUAGCUUCAAAUUUUGGUAAUUUUUUUCAAUUUUUGAAAAAAUUACAUGUUUUCUUAUGCUUUUUUCUGAUCCAAAAACAUUUUUUUUUCAAUUUUUGAAAUUUCUCUGAAAAACUCAAAAAAAAUUCGAUGUCUCCCUUGCUCUCCACCCACUCUUUCUGCUUCAUCGUUCAUUUUGUAUCAUAAUUUUCCCACCUAUUUUGCUCCAGACGUUUUAUCGCAUUAUUAUUUUUAUUAUUAUUAUUUUGCUCCAAGGGAAUUUCUACAAAUAUUUUUCAUUAAAAUUAAGAAAAUUUUUAUUUCAGUUGGAACAGCUGAAAAAGUACAAAAAAUGACGAUAAUUUGCCGGUUUUUUCACCUUUUAAACUGAAAAAAAAAAAAUCUUAAUUUUAAUUUUAAUGAAAAAUUUUGAAGCCCCUCACCUUUUUUUCAUCCCGUAUGGGUAGGCUUUUUCGAUCUGUCACAAUCAUUUGCGGGUCGUCUGAUCCUAUAUUCCCUGAUUUCCCUCCACCCAAACUUUAUUUUAAUCGUUUUUUUCUUUUCCAUUUCAAUUUUAUUAUAGAACAAGAACAAUAGGUUUCUCCUCUAA